AUGGCAGAAGUUUCUCUAUCAGCUGAGGAUCCACUUUGCUGUCCAGUCUGUCUGGAUCUCCUGAAGGAUCCAGUGACUAUUCCCUGUGGACACAGUUACUGUAUGAGCUGUAUUAAGGGCUACUGGGAUCAGGAUGAUUGCAGAAGAGUCUACAGCUGCCCCCAGUGCAGACAGACCUUCACCCCAAGACCUGUUCUCAAUAAAAACGUCAUGCUGGCUGCACUGGCUGAGAAAAAGAGGAAAACAGGACUCCAGGUUGCUCCUCCCGCUAUCUGUUAUGCUGGACCUGGAGAUGUGGAGUGUGACAUCUGCACUGGGAGAAAACUCAAAGCUGUCAAAUCCUGUCUGGUGUGUCUGGCUUCAUUUUGUGAAACUCACCUCCAGACUCACUAUGAAUCUCCUGCCUACAAGAAGCACAAGCUGGUCAAAGCUCAACUACAGGACAGGAUCUGCUCUCAACAUGACAAAGUAAUGGAGAUUUACUGUCGCACUGACCAAAAAAUGAUCUGUUAUUUGUGUACAAUGGAUGAACACAAAGGCCAUGAUACAGUCUCAGCAGCAGCUGAAAGGACUGAGAAACAGUUGGGAGAGACCCCCAAAAAUUACCAGCAGAGAAUCCAGGAGAGAGAGAAGGAGCUGCAGGAGCUGAAACAGGCUGCGAAGUCUCUCAGGAUCUCUGCACAGACAGCAGUGGAGGACAGUGAGAGGAUCUUUACUGAGAUGAUCCGCUCCAUUGAGAGAAAACGAUCUGAGGUGAUAGAACAGAUCAGAGCGAAGGAGAAGACUGAAUUGUUUAUGGCUGAAGAUCACAUAAAGAAACUGGAGCAGGAGAUUUCUGAGCUUAGAAAGAGAGACACUGAGCUGGAGCAGCUUUCACACACAGAGGAUCACAUCCAUUUCCUCCAGAGUUUCCAGUCUAUCUCUGUGUAUUUUGGAUAUAAAGAGUCACCCAGCAUGACUGUCAGCGCAGUUUUCAUCUUUGAGGACAUGAGGAAAUCUGUCUCUGAAAUGAUUUACAGACUAGAGGAAUUCCUUGAUGGAGAAACUGUCGAGAUAACAGAAAAAGUUACUAAAAACCAGCUUUUCUUACCUGUUGAGCCCAAGACCAGAGAGGAAUUCUUACAAUAUUCCUGUCAGCUCACUCUAGAUCCCAAAACAGCACACAGAGACCUCUGUCUGUCUGAGGGGAACAGAAAGGUGACAUGGACCAGCACAGCUCAACCAUAUCCUGAUCAUGCAGACAGAUUUGAAUGGUGGGUGCAGGUUCUGUGCAGAGAGAGUUUGUCUGGACGCUGUUACUGGGAGGUUGAGUGGAGUGAGUGGGCUUAUGUAGCAGUUUCGUAUAAAGACAUCGGCAGGAAGGGAAAAGGUAACGAGACAGGGUUUGGACACAAUAAUCAGUCCUGGAGUUUGGUCUGUUAUGAUUCCAGUUAUGCUUUCAGACACAGUAAUAAUGAGACUAACAUCCCAGUAGUUCCCAGCUGUUCCAGAAUAGGAGUGUAUCUGGAUCAGGAGGCAGGAACUCUGUCUUUCUACAGCGUCUCUGACACAAUGACCCUCCUCCACAGAGUCCAGACCACGUUCACUCAGCCCCUCUAUGCUGGAUUUUUCGUUAGUGGAUUUGUUCAGAUUACUAGAGAUAUGAAUGACUGUGAAUGA